CGGGUUUCCUUUCAUGUUCGUGUGUACGGUGUUUAUUAGGGGAGGAGGACUCUUGAGGCUAUAUUUAAGAUUUACUGAGCACUGCGAGCAUCUCGACAGUACAAAUAAAUAAUGGACACAGAAAAUGACCCACAAGAAGAGGAGACUUUCAGCAGCACAGAGAGCAAUGGUAAGCGCCCUGCACAGGACACUGAUGACAAGCCAUCAUACAAACGCUCACGAAAAUCUGAUGACAUGGUGGAACUGCGUGUGUUGUUACAAAGCAAAAAUGCUGGAGCUGUGAUUGGAAAGGGGGGAAAGAACAUUAAAGCUCUGCGCACUGAUUACAAUGCCACUGUGUCAGUCCCAGACAGCAGUGGGCCCGAGCGGAUCCUGAGCAUCAACGCAGACAUCCCUACUGUGGCUGAUAUCCUGUUGAAGAUCAUCCCUACUCUAGAGGAGUAUCAGCAUCACAAAGGGGUGGACUUCGAUUGCGAGUUGCGGCUGCUGAUCCAUCAGAGUUUAGCAGGCAGCAUCAUCGGUGUGAAGGGGGCCAAAAUCAAAGAGCUGCGUGAGAGCACCCAGACUACCAUCAAGCUUUUCCAGGAGUGCUGCCCUCAGUCCACUGACCGUGUGGUGCUGGUUGGUGGUAAAGCAGACAGGGUUGUGCAGUGUAUUAAAACCAUGCUGGAGCUCAUUGCUGAGGCCCCCAUUAAAGGCCGCGCACAGCCAUACGAUCCAAACUUUUACGAUGAAACGUACGACUACGGUGGCUACAGCGUGAUGUAUGAAGAACGUGGACGCCGGCCAAUGGGAGGGUUCCCCUCGCGGGACCGUGGAUUUGAUCGCAUGCCCCCUCGCUCCGGCCCCCGGGCUCACCACAUGCCCCCAAGAGGGAGAGACUACGAUGACAUGAGUCCACGCCGAGGACCUCCUCCACCUCAGAGAGGAGGCAGAGGGGGAGGGCGACCCCCACGCAAUAUGCCAAUGGGACCGCCCCACCACCGCAGAGGCGAUGACCAGUAUUCCUACAGCUCCCACCGCAGUCACUCAGACGACAGACGGCAUGGGGACAGGAGAGGAAGACCUGGAGAUCGCUAUGGCAGUAUGAAUGAUGGUGGCUACGACAACAACUCCUCCUGGGAUAGCUAUCAUUCUGGUGGAAGAGGUAGCUACAGUGACAUGGGAGGUCCCGUCAUCACCACACAAGUGACAAUUCCCAAAGAUUUGGCUGGAUCCAUCAUUGGAAAAGGAGGCCAGAGGAUUAAGCAGAUCCGACGUGAAUCUGGAGCGUCGAUCAAAAUCGACGACCCACUCCAGGGCUCUGAAGAUCGUAUCAUCACCAUCGCUGGCACACAGGAUCAGAUUCAGAAUGCACAGUACCUGCUACAGAACAGUGCGCUUCACAUCCUGGGACGCCAUGACUAACCCAACUCGUCCUCCGCCUCUCUCAGGACCUACAGCACCACUCCACGUGUGAAACCCUGCAUCCCUCCACCACCAUUUAUUCUGCUGCAGCUUAGAUUUUGUGCGAGGGAAGAUCUUUGGUUGAGCUUUCGGCUUCAGCGGAUGAAUCGAUUUGGAAUAUCCUCCUGUUAUCUAGGAUUGAAUUCAUAUUUGGCUUGGCAUUUAUUAUUUUUUAUUUUAUUUUUAUUUUUUUUUAAAGUUGGUUUUUAUUUUCAGUUUCAAUUUAAAGCAUCAUGCUUGCAGCGCUUCACAUAAAAGCCUGCCAUUAUGCUGUUGGGUUUUGUAUUGCUUUUUCUUUUUUCCUCAACCGGCCAUCCCAAAUCAGUCCUGAAUGUGUACACACGUUUGUUUUUUCUUUUUAAUUGUAAGAUUUUUAAUAUCUGUUUACUUUCAUCUCCUGCAAAGGUGAAAGGGGAAAAAAAAACCUUGUGGCUGUAUGGAGAACAUGGUGUGUAAAUAUCCAUUCAUUUCUAUGGAAAAAGAAGAAUUGAUAUAUAAGUCUGAAAAUCCUGUACCUGUUCUGUCGGUGUUUAGCUGUCUCCUGAUCCAGGCAUCACAGAAGCUUGUCCACAGGCCGCUGUGACCUCUGGAGAAACUAAGCUUAAUAUUGUGGGUUGUGUAUCAGUUUUCUCUCCCCAGUUUUUGCUGGGUUUUAAAACCUAGUACUUAUCCAAUUUGCUCUACCUCUGGAAUUUUUUCAUAGGUCUGCCACUCUGACAUGGGGCCCACUUUUUCCUUUUUCCUUUUAUUUUUAAAUGGAAAAUGUGGGUGUGAAGUUGUUCUGCUUUGGAUUGUGUUUUGUGUCGGGACAGAACAGUUAAAUUGGGGUUUUUCUCCCUCUCCUCUGUUUUUGGUUCUUUUUCUUACUCUAAUUGUCUGAUGUUCCUCACCCUGAUACAUUUGUAGAUCGUCAUUUGUCGACAAUAAAAUAUGCCAGUUUUUUUUUUUAAUGAAA